UUAGGGUCAUUUGCGACUUUUGCUCGUUCUGUAUAGUGUUUCUUUGCCGCUUUCAAAGUCCCCCUAAAAGCGCAGCCUUUUGAUUACGUUUGCUGCAGUUGGCACAAUUGCAAGAUGGCGUCCGAGAAACCCGGGAGCAUUGAACAAGAGCAAGAUCAAUCUUUGAGCGAUCUAGAGCAGACCUUAAUGAGUAUGGAAAAUCUGGAUAGAGCCUCUCCAGAAAUUUGGCCAGAGAAGUAUCCAGGAAUGACAGAUUUUGUAAACAGUUUCACGCCACCAAGUGCCGUAAAACUGCCUUACUCGAAGGAAUUGAGUCAGGAUGACCAGAAUUAUCUGCACCAAUUAGCAGCUCUUCCAACAGCUGGACUGAUUUCUAAAGUCAAGGAGUUGCAUGAUAUUGCAUAUCAGUUGGGUGUUGAGGAAUCGAAAGAAGUCACAAGGGGGAAAUACUUAAAUGUUUUUAAGCCCAGGCAGAAGCAGAAAUGAUUUGCAAUUUGUUACCUAAGUAGAGGUUCCAAAUAACGUGGAAGUUAUAAAAAGAGCAGGGGAAAUAUAUUUGUACAUAGGAUUAUAAGUUUAAGUUUAAAGAAGUGAUUGUACGUUAAUUUCCUGGAGAAAAUCAUUUUUGUAAUGUAUUAUUAAGCAAGUGCUUCAAAAGGAUUUAUGUAUUAUAUUGCACUGCUGAAGUUUCGUUUGUAUAAUAAAAAUCGAAAAUAAAUUUGGUUUUGUAAAA